AUGAACAAUGUCCAUUAUUCGCCACUCCCAGUGGACGAACCUUGGCGGGAUUCCAGGCGGCAAGCUGCCGCUAUUAACUCACAGUGUGACGGUAGGCGGUGGCUUCGGCAAUCAACUAUUUCUGCUCCGCAACGCCCCUCGACCCGUCUCCUCGCCGUCUACGCUGCUGAGUCGCAGUUCAAGAUGGCGAACAAACUGCCACCUCCCUAUUCGGGAUCCAUGCCUUCGUCGUUUGACGAUGAUCAGGAGUUUUACAAUGAGCGACCGAUGCAUAAGAUCUUCCGAAAGAUUAAAGAGGAGCCUCUUGUACCUCUUGGCAUCGGCCUCACCGUCUUCGCUUUUGUCAACGCCUACCGCGCCCUCCGCCGCGGCGAUUCUCAACAAGCCAACAAGAUGUUCCGCGCUCGAGUCGCCGCGCAAGGCUUUACUGUCAUCGCCAUGGUAGCCGGCAGCAUGUACUACAGCCGUGACCGCGAGAAAAGCAAGGAACUCCGCAAACUCCACGAGGAGCGCGACGCCGAGGAGAAGCGUCAGAAAUGGAUUCGCGAGCUCGAGGUACGCGAUGAGGAGGACAAGGCGAUGAAGGCGAUGAUAAGCCAGCGCCGACAGCAGAACCGGGCUCUGUCCGAAGGGGAGGCGCCAGCCCAGAUGGAAGCAGAUUCCUCCAGGACGCAGGGAACGGGAGGAAUACUAGGUAAAAUGGGACUCUGGUCGCAGGCCGAGACGACAGCGGCGGAGAACGAGGCGACGAAGGCUGCGGAAGCCGACGAGAGGCCAAAAAGGAACAACCCCAGGAGCUCGUUGGGGAUGAUCGGGGAAGCCAUUGCCGCUGGGAAGAAUGAGGAGCCACCGAAGAAAUAA